AUGAAAUUAUCAAGAACCUUAAUCUUAGCUUCAGGAUUGGCCGGCUCAAUUAAUGCCGCAACUGACACUGCAAUUACUGAAACAGUCACCAUCACUAAGACUUUGUACACUCCAGAGGAGUCCUUAAGUAUGGCUGAAGAAGCCGCAAAAGCAGCUUCCAUAGCUUCGGUGUUAUCCGUUGAGUCACUAGCUUCAGUUGUUGCUGCUCAACUGGCAGUAGAUGGUUACUACAGAUCUUUAGCGUCGGCUUCAGAGGCUUUACUUGUUCAAGAAACAGCUGCAUUAGAGAAUAAGGGCUAUAACGCUACCAACAAUGUUACAAUCCACUAUGUUACCGUCACUAUCAAGCCAAAAUCUAAGGCAACAAGCUCUGCCUCAGAAAAAUUGAUUCUUGAUACUGAGAGUACCGACACUGGAUCUGGUUCAAGUUCAUCUGAAGCUGUCACCAUUCCUGCAGAAGAGACUUCAGAGGGUUCUGGUAUUAAGUUACCCAAUGGACAAUACACUGGUGCUGCUGCUGGUUUAUGUGCUUUGGUUGUUGCACUUUUAUGA